ACAAAAUAUUGUAAUAUUUAUUUUUGUUUCUCCAUGAUUUUUGGUAUUCCAAGCAAACUAAUUCCAAUUUAGUAAUGUGAACAAAAACAAUUAUGCCAUCCGGACGUCGUGUAUUGCCAAGGACACAUGGAGUGUCGAUAGGGGCAGUGAAAGACAAAGUAAAGGAUGGCAUAAAUGGGAAUGCUGACGAUGCAAGUCCCAUGGCCUCCUUAGUGGUGCACCCUAAACAUGCACAUAUACCAGAAAUACCAUCGGAAAGUAAUCUCACGUUUGAGGCAUUGUUGUUUGUCUUCUCUGUAGUGUCAAUGUGCAUGCAGUAUAUCAGUAUUUACAAGACUGUGUGGUGGUUGCCUCAUUCACAUGAAAUAUAUGCCUUGAACUUUUACCUGAUCAACCCCUAUCUUGUGAUAUUCCUAACUCUGUUGAUGAGCAGGCGAGUUGUGUGGUGCUUUGUUAAAGAGGUCUUUGGAUCGAAGUCACAUAAUACAUUUAACUAUUGGAUAGUUGAGACUGUUAAAGUAUGUGUGAUUGCCUGUGUAACUGGACUUUUACUAUGGAGUGGCUACCACACAAUAAUGGCCCACAAACUUUUAUACUCUUUAUAUUUAUGCUGCCCAUUGGCAACCUAUUUAAUAUUGUUCGGAGUGAGCAUGCGGCCACUUUAUGACAAAUCCAUGGUGUGGCCGACUCAAGUCUCGGAAAAACCACAAAGUCCUCGACAUAAAACAAAAGAUCCAGUAAUAUCUCACGUGUGUACCAUGUCCCCAGAACUUAUUCGUGAAGAAGUGGAGUUUUUUAAAAAUGACUUUAACAACAGAAUUAAGCAGGUGUUGUUUAAUUCAAUGCUGUGUGCAUACUACAUGGGAUUCAUACCUGUCUGUUUUGCACAGAACACGCUAUACUAUGACGUCUGGUGGGUGACGCAACAUAUCUGCUUGAUGUGGCUCUGUGCGUUCCUCAUGUUUAUGAUUCACUUCUUGCCACCAAAGUACAUAGACAUGCUUCACAGGUGUGCUUUACAUUUGGGCCGCUGGCAGAAGGUGGAAGGACGCAAUGCACAUGUGCCAUAUCAUGCUUGGUCAGAGCUGCAAGUCUUCCAUCAGGGAGUUGUAGUGAAACAUGUCAAGGGUUUAUUUAAAGCUGAGGGUAUUAACAACUCUGCAUCCCCUGCAAAUGGAAUGCAUACACGAUUUUAUUUUAUGUUUCACCAGCCUGUCCGACUUCUUAAUUGGAUGUUAAUACUUACCUGGGCUCUGAUUGGCUACCAGUUCUUCAUGAUUGUGCAAUUUACGGAAUGGAGUCACGUUCUCUCACUCGCUUUUCUCUUAUUCGCCACGUAUUAUGUGUUAUUCAAACUAAUGAGGGAUAGAAUGAUUCUUGCCCGUGCAUAUAAGGAGGAAGAAGAACAUCCAACCGGACAAAGUUGAACUGAGUGUGCUUGAAAGUGUUAAUUUGAACAACACAUAAUAUAUAGUACCACCUGACCACCAGAGACGAUUCUUUACUUUCGUGGACUUAACACUAAGGUCUUUUCAGAAAGGACAUGUGCACUGGACAUGAAGGAAGGAAAACAAUAUUGCUGUAUUUUGGACUUUAUUUUACAUUUUAUUUUCUCUUUGGAAGGUUAUCCCUGUGGUCUAAAAUAUGCAUAUGUGUAGCAAUCUCAUUGUGUGUCGGCCUCGUUCAUUUUGUUACCACUUGCUCUAUGACAUCAAAUGACAAGUGAUAAAAUGCAAAAAGGGUUUGUCUGUAUGGUUAGAAGUAUGAUCAAAAUAGCCCAAUGUAUCAUAAACUUUGAAA